AUGGUGGUAGACAUCGAAGGGCAUGUGGAUACAAUUAGAUUACAUAUUGUGAGGUUCCCACCACUGAAGUUGAGGGCUCAGCUGGUUGAGAAAGACCCAGUCGUAUGGUUGCAUUUGAUAGAAGCGUAUGUGCAGCACUGCGAGUGGCUUCUACAACAGCACCAUUUGGAUUUGCUGGAAGAGGCCACCUGGGAUGAAUUGAGGAUCUGGGUGAGAACGUACAUGCACGAGAUGGCGUCUGAAGAGGGGAAACUGGUUUCAUUGGGGGCAAACCAUGACGUUACUGAGCAACUGAAAGUGCUUAGAGCUUGGGUGUUCGAAUUGGUGAAAACGUGUGGUUUACUCCAGUUGCAAGUGUUUGGAGAGCUGCUCUGGGAUAUGAUUAAACUCUACAUCGCAGGAAACUGUAAGACGGUUAGACGGUUGGUCCUCGGAGACCUCCCACCCAAAAUUAAUACGCAGAAGGCCCAGAUAAACAGAAUUGUACAGGUCCAGUCGUACUUGAAACAGCUGAUAGAAUCUAACCAUUUUGAUAGAACGGAUCUGAAGUCUUUCCAAAACCUCUUGAAGAAUAAUGAGGAUGAGACACACUUCACUGAAAAGUUUGUGAAUGGCAACUGGGUUGAGAUUCUAGAAGCUCUUUGGGGGAAGGGCAAAGGUAAGUUCGCCUCCAUAGCAAUGCAUUUAAUGAUCACAUCACUGUACAAUUUGUCUACAGAACAUAUUGCAUCGUUAGUCAAAAGUCUGGACAUUACAAACGUCGAAGGUCUUUUGAUUUAUCCACUACUUGGUUCAGUGUUGACGAGUCCGCAGCUAUUAAGUGAAACCCCAACAUUAGCGCAAGCGCUUCCCUUCCUAGCACUUACCAAUAAUCAUGAUACGGCUGAGUCGACUGCCAUUAAAGUGGAUGAACAAGGGGUUCAAGCGUUGCAGGACCUUUUCCCAGAUUUAACAAGGAAUCAAGUAUUCCAGUUGUUACAAACGUAUAGCAACGAUGUUGAAUCGAUCACGGAUAAGCUGCUAGAAGAUCCAACGUUUGUGGAUAGUUUACCUGCAGAGGUUGACGAGGAUAAUACAGCAAACAGCUCAGAGAUCAAACUGCGCAAAGUCAAACGUGGUGCUGGGACUGCCAGUACCAAGCAUGUUCCUGACGAAGUUAGAAACAAAACGCUUGCUAGGGCACUAGCAUUGAUGUACCAAGAAGAUGAAGAUGAAAGAGAUGAUACCUAUGAUGAACCUACUGCUGAGAUCAACAGAACUGCCAAGGUAUCAUUUGACAGUACCGCGAAAGACGACAACGACGAUGGCGAUGUCCACGGGGUAAAUAGCGAGAUGGAACGCCGCCAAAGGGAGGAGACCGCGGAGAAGUAUCUAUGGGAGCUACUCAAGCAGGAUAAAGUUCUGUUCAUGAGGACGAAGCGAGGUUCAGCUGAUAGGAAGAACAUGCGGAAGCAUACCAACUGGUCGGACGAGCAAAUUGAGGGGUGGGCUCGUAUGAUAGAGAGAUCGCCGCAGAGGGCCAGGCUGCUCGAGGACAAGUAUAUGUGGACGGGCAAUAGCAGAGGUGGGAAGACGUCGUAUGUCCACAACAAACAACCGGCUCCGAAGCCGAAAGACAUCGCCCCAGAGCAAGACGAGGUCCUUACAGAGGAUCCUAAGGGACCCUCUCCAAAACAUAACAAGAAGAAAAAGGCAAGUACCGGUAACCACAACAGAAGGAUGGCACAUGGUAAGAAACUGUCAGUGGGUCGCUAA